AUGAUGAGCCACAACAACUUCAUGACACUGAAUUCCCAAAUGGCAUUGAUAGGGACCUGUGGGGAGGACUUUGGAGUAAGAGAGGAAAAGUACAGAAUGAACAUUGGAAAGAAGAUACGUACUGUGAUGAGAGAGAUGGACCGGAACUCCUUCAGGUUACCGGUGAGCGAUCUUCUCAAGUGUCGUGACUUCCUAUCAAAGAUAAAGAGGAAAAUGGAUGAGAAGCAUAGUACCUAA